AUGUGGGGACUUCGUGUUAAGCCCAAGUGUGCCUUCGAUGUGGAGAUGGAAGUGUAUGGCUGCAAAAUGUUGGUUCCCACACUUGUUGUCCCAGGACAGCAUGAUGAGCUGAUACUAGGGACCAAUGUCAUAAAACAUAUUCUGCACCAGUCUAAACACUGUGAGUCUUACUGGAGUACGGUGUCCAGCCCCUGCUCAACAAGAGACCCAGAGACUGAACAUUUCCUGUCUAUGCUCUCUGGUCUGAAUCCCUGGAAAGGUGAAAAUAUUCCUGACAAGGUCGGUACAGUCAGGUGUAACUCAGCUACCUGCCUUGAGCCUGGGCGUGAAUAUCUUCUCUGGGGAAAACUACCAAAGAACACUGCUGUUUCCCUAGGCAGCACCGUCAUAACAGAACUUACAUCAUCCCGCUCAGCUCCUAGAGGUGUUUUGGUCGCAAAGAUGGUAACUCAGCUGUGGGGAGACAGGUGGGUCCCACUAAAGCUCAUCAAUACAUCUGACAAGCCUGUACGGCUGAGGCGCAAUGCAAAGUUGGCUGAUGUCUACCCCUGUGUAGCGCUUGAAGACAUGGAUGUUGCUGAACCUUCGGGUGUUCCCCUUGUCAGCUAUACCCAAUCAGCUAUGCCACCCACUGCUGAUGUGAAAAGUUCUGUAAAAGACAAGCUCAGGUCAUUUGGUCUCAGUACUGUUGACAUUGAGUCAUGCGAAGUGUCAGUGGACUGUAAGAAGAGGAUGGCUGACCUUGUUUUGCAGUACGAGGAUGUCUUUUCGCGUCACAGUCUUGAUUGUGGGGAGGCGAAGGGUUUUGUACACCGCAUACACCUGUCAGACAGCAGACCUUUCAGGCUCCCCUACAGAAGGGUACCCCCUGGCCAGUACCAGAAGCUGCGCCAAGUACUGAGCGAGAUGGAGGAAAAGGAAAUCAUCAGGAAAUCAACCAGUGAAUAUGCAUCGCCACUGGUGCUUGUGUGGAAGAAAAACGGAGAUCUCCGCAUCUGCACAGACUUUCGCUGGUUAAAUAAAAGAACCCUGAAGGACGCUCACCCCUUGCCCCAUCAGGGUGAUUGUUUGGCAGCCCUGGGAGGCAACUGCCUUUUCAGUACUAUGGACUUGACCUCCGGGUUUUAUAACAUGCCACUUCACGAGGACGACAGGAAGUACUCCGCCUUUACCACUCCCAUGGGCCUGUAUGAGUAUAACCGCCUGCCGCAAGGCCUCUGCAACAGCCCUGGAAGCUUUAUGCGCAUGAUGACCAGCAUUUUUGGGGACCAAAACUACCUGAGUCUGCUGUGCUACUUAGAUGAUUUGUUGGUGUUUGCACCUGAUGAAGAAACUGCAUUGCGGCGCCUGGAAAUGGUGUUUGGGAGGUUGCGUGACCACAACUUGAAGUUGGCCCCCAAAAAGUGCUUCUUCCUCAGGAGGUCUGUGAAGUUUCUUGGGCACAUAAUAGAUGCAAAUGGUGUUUCAACAGACUCCAGUAAGGUUGAGAACAUCACAAACAUGAUUAGCACUGACCUCAUGGAGCCUGAUGGUGCAGUUCUGUCUCAAAUGCAGGAGGGUGAGGCACGAGCCAGACCUAUUGCUUUCGCCAGCAAGUCGCUAUCUCAGUCCCAGAAGAACUACCCAGCCCACCGUUUGGAGUUUCUGGCUUUGAAAUGGUCAGUCUGCGACAAGUUCAGUCACUGGCUAAAGGGCCACAAAUUCACAGUCUGGACGGACAACAACCCUUUGACUCACAUCUUGACAAAGCCAAAGCUCGACUGUUGUGAACAACGCUGGGUAGCCAAGUUGGCGAGUUACGACUUUGACAUCAAGUAUGUACCAGGUCGGCAGAACAUUGUAGCUGACGCCCUAAGCCGUGUGCCGUUUGUCAAAGAGAGUGUUGGCCACAGGCUGCUCGCUGAAUCCUAUGCAGGUCUUCUCACAGAGGUCAAAGAUAUGUCAAGUGCCUCUGUCCAGAAUGCCUUCCUGUCUUCAAGUGGUCACAAGAAACCCUCUCCACUAAGUGUCAUUGCACAGUCCACGUAUAGUUUGCAGUCUGUGGCGAUGGAGGAUGUAUCUGCUGUACUGCAGUCGCACAUUGAGUGGGAUGCUGGCCGAGGGCCCGUGCUGUUGAAGUGUUGCAGUAUCUACCUCAAUUGGUUCCACCUGGACAGGACGCCUUGCCUGCUUACACUGAGAAGGACCUUCGUGAUAAGCAAGUGGAGGAUAGAACCCUCUCUCGUGUUCUGUUCUAUGUUGAGAGACGUCGGAGGCCUUCUAGAAGAGAAAGAUUCAAAGAGUCUGUUUCUGUCACAAGAUACUUGA